AUGGCGACUGAUGCUGCGGUAGCCAAGGAUGGCCUGGUCAUUCCUGUGAGUGGGAAGCACAAUGCGCUUGCUCGUUACUCCGUACUCCUGCUUGUACUUGUAGUCAUCACCAGCAACCACCACGCCGGUAGCUGGUUUGCUCUACCGCUGCUUGCUGCUGGCUAUACUGACGUUGCUCUCAUAGACUUUUCCAAAUUUCUCAAAGGCGCACCCGAGGAGCGCCAAGCUACCGCCAAAGCCGUCCUCCAUGGCUUCCAAACCGCAGGCUUCAUAUACCUCAAGAACCACCCAAUUCAGGCCCAGGUCCUCAGUCGUACUUUUGCCCGCUCCGCCGAUUUCUUCGCCCUCGACACUGACGCCAAGAUGGAGUUGUGCUGGACCACGCCCGAGGCCAACCGCGGCUACUCGGCGCCGGGCCGCGAAAAGGUCUCCCAGCUGGAAGACAUGGCUGACGUUGACAGGGUCCGGAGCGCCGCACCAGAUUUGAAGGAGAGUUUGGAAAUAGGGCGUGACACUGACCUAAACUAUCCCAACCACUGGCCACCCGAGGACGGCAAGCUGAGGGGUUUCAGGGCAGACAUGAACGAAUUCUUCCGUCUUUGUCAAGCAUUGCAUGUGCAAGUCAUGAGAGCCAUCGCCCUCGGAAUGGAGAUUCAAGAAGACUUCUUUGAUAAGUUUGUGGACGCGGGCGACAAUAACCUGCGGUUGUUGCAUUAUCCGUCUGUAAAGGCCCAAGUCUUCAAAAUCAAUCCCGGCCAGGUGAGGGCCGGCGAGCAUAGUGACUAUGGCUCAAUCACCCUGCUCUUCCAGGAUAGCCGCGGCGGCCUGCAGGUCAAAAGCCCGACCGGCCACUUUGUCGAUGCCACUCCCAUCCCAGGAACCAUUGUCGUCAACGCAGGCGACCUACUAGCUCGCUGGAGCAAUGACACUAUAAAGAGCACUGUCCAUCGAGUUGUCGAGCCACCACACAAGGCGGAUGACUCCUACCCUCCUCGAUAUAGUAUCGCGUACUUUUGUAACCCGAAUUCCGAAAGCUAUAUUGAGACCUUGCCAGGGACAUAUGCCUCGGACAAGGACAAGAAAUAUAAGGGUGUCAAGACUGGCGAUUAUUUGGUGCAGAGACUGGCGGCCACGUACUGA